AUGGCGCCACUUUCAGUCAGGGCCAGCGUAGAAGCGGCAAACAAGGCUUGCAAAGGCCCCAAGGCGGCAGUGGACGAGAAGUGGGCAAAUGUCAAGACAUGGACAUUUGCACAACUGCUGGCCAGUUCUCUCGCCAAGGUCUCACUUGAAGACGUCAUACAGAACGAUUGCAACUCGCAAACGGAUGGAAUGACACGGACUAACGGCAAGAGCAAGACAACUUGUGGUAACAAUGAUGACUGGAAAUGCUCUUACAACAGUCUUAACGCCCCACUAACAACGUCUGAGGCGGCUACGAAGAAAAAUGGCAAUAAUGACUGGGACUGCUCAUACAAUCUCAAGCCGCAUGCCACUCGCUCAACGUUUUCGGCAUCAUCAUCCUCAAGCACACUGCUGUCAGAUGCCGAAGGGAGCCACUCAAGACACUCACUAGACGACGUCUUGGAACACGAGGAGACCGUUAUCAAAGAUCGAGAGUCAGAAAUGCGCCACGUGUUCGAUAUUGUUCGCAUUAUUGGCUCGGGGUCUUAUGGCACUGUGCUACUCUGUCGCUUGCCACUAUUGAUGGAGACACGAACGCCGCGCGUCAAGUCCAGCGCUUGCUAA